AUGGGCACGCGCGGGCCCUACGCGCUGGUGGACACCACGCCGGCCAAGACCAUCCUGGUGUACCGCAACGGGGACCAGUUCUUCGUGGGCCGCAAGUUCGUGUUCUCGCGGCGCCGCGUUGCCAACUUCGAGGCGCUGCUGGAGCAGCUGACGGAGCAGGUGGAGGUGCCCUUCGGGGUGCGGCGGCUCUACACGCCCUCGCGGGGCCGCAUGGUGCGCGAGCUCGACGCACUGCAGGCCGGCGGCAAGUACGUGGCGGCCGGCCGCGAGCGCUUCAAGAAGCUGGAUUAUAUUCAUAUAGUUCCCAGAAAACCUACAAAGAUGAAAAAGUUGAAGGAAAUCAAGCCGGUGGUACAUUGUGACAUUAAUGUGCCUUCCAGGUGGAAAAUGCACCACUGCAUAUCCCGACAUAUAAAUGUCUUUACAAAUGGAAGAUUAUUUAUCCCACCUGUCAAGGUGAUUAUACCCAAGUUCAGCCUGUCAGAUUGGAAUAGUGUGCUGGCCACAGUGGGCGAGAAAGUCUUCCCUCUUGGAGGUGUUCGGAAAUUGUAUACGUUGACCGGACAGCUCUUGGGCAGCUCUCAGGAUCUGCAAGACAAUCAGUUUUACGUUGCUGUGGGGCUGGAGCCUUUCAAGUCUGUUUCCUACUGGAGCUCCCCGCGGGUUCCCUGUGAGGUCCAGCAAAGGUACAUGGAUGUUGAGAAACUUCUACCAAGAAAGAAAAAAGUGGACGCCAAAGAAAAAGAGCUCCCCCAAAGUGACAAAGCUCUACCUAAAACACAGGAGUCUGUUUACUACGCCAAAGAAGACAAGAAGAAGAAAUCACUGGCAGAACCUUUAGAGGAAACUGGUGCGGAGGGAGAUGUGUAUAAAGCACAGACGCCUACCGAGGAUACCCAAGGGGCGCUGGACGUCAGAGAGGACCCCGAGGUGAAGGUGGAGGUGCCGGAGGACCAGGUGCCAGCUGAAAUAGUUAAAGAGGAGGACGAGGUGUACAGCGACACCGUGGAUGCCGAGGCCAUCAAGAACCUGUUCACCUUGUACAGCUCCUGGGUCUAG